UUUUCUCUCUCGAUAUUUUCGAGAUGUCAUAAUUUGUGUGGAAAAAUGAAAAAUCAGUCUCCAUCUUAGCAGCAAUUGUCACAUUCGGAAAGUAAACUUUAGCUCAGGUUGAAACAUUUCCAGAAUAAAAGAAAUCAUCAUGUCUGAUGCAGUAGCAAGUUCAAGCAACAGUUUGCCGCGUCCACAAUUGAAAGGCCGUCAUGCUAAAUUCAUGACCAAACACUUGGCCAUCUCUAUUGGUUUCGCUUUGGCUAGUGUUUACCUCACCAAAGUUUUUGUCAAUGACAAACGAAAGGCUGCCUAUGCCGAAUACUACAAAAACUAUGACAUCGAGGAGAACUUCAACCGCAUCCGAAAGCUUGGCCUCUUCGAAUCCUGCGGCCCAGAUGAUGAAUAAAUAGUUUAAUGUACAGAUCCUUCUAGUUUCCAUUUAGAAAUCAACCAAACUUAACAAAUAAAGAAAAAAGACGCAUUUUAACAUCCCAUGCAGAACACAAUACGUAAUGCGCAGAAUGUUGAUGACCCGAUUUGUGAAUCAUUUGUGAAAUGCAUCUAAUAAAAUCAAGUAUUUGUUUGGCAUUUAAUGAUUGAAA